AGUGCUCUCUUCUCAUUUCUUCUUUCCCACUUGAGUGAUCGAAAAUGGAGAUGUGGUCUCUUUGGCUUUUUCUCAUCUCUUUCCUCAUUGUAAGUGUGACAACUUGGAUUUAUUGGUGGAGGAACCCUAGUUGUAAUGGCAGACUACCUCCAGGUUCCAUGGGACUCCCACUUAUAGGGGAGACCUUUAAUUUUCUUGUCACAUCCAAGUCCAUAGAUAUCCAUCCUUUUAUUAAGGAAAGAAUGGAAAGAUAUGGUCCAUUGUUCAAGACAAGUUUAGCAGGUCGAUCAGUGGUGGUGUCGUCAGAUCCUGAUUUCAACUAUUUUGUGCUCCAACAAGAAGAUAAACUUGUUGAACUAUAUUACAUGGAUACCUUUGCAAAGCUUGUUCACAAAGAAAACGUCAAUGAAGGUGGCUACUUGCACAAGUAUCUCAAGCGCGUGCUUCUGAGUUGCACUGGCCCUGAAUGUCUCAAAGAGAAGCUGCUUUCUCAAUCUGAGGAAAUCAUAAACCAUGAAUUGCAUGAGUGGACCAAACAGUCAGAAGUAGAAGUAAAAGCCCAAAGUGCUGCUAUGACACAUGGGUUUAUUUCAAAGAUUCUGAUGGGUUGUGAAUUGGAAAACUCAGAGGAAAACUUAAGUGAAUAUUUUUGUAGCUUCUUGCAAAGACUUUUGACGUUCCCUUUGUAUAUCCCUGGGACUGAUUUCUACAGAUGCAUAAAGAAGCAACAAAAAGUAUUAACGCUUAUAUCUCAGUUGCUAGAAGAGAGAAGGAAGUCUUAUUCCCAAGGUUGUAAUAAUGGAGAUUUUCUUGGUCAAUUAGUGGAAGGCAUGGGAAAAGAAGCAUUUUUGACGCCGGAGUUCGUCAGCAACGUUAUCUUUGGUCUCCUCGCUGCUACCAUUGAUACUCUUUCCUCCGCUGUUACUUUAGCCAUUAAGUGUGUAUUGGAUGAUCCAUCAGCAUUGCAACAAUUAACUGAGGAGCAUGAGGAAAUUCUAAAGAAAAGAGAAGGCACCAAUCUUGGACUUUCAUGGGAGGAAUACAAAUCUAUGACUUUUACUCAUUAUGUGAUUAAAGAAGCGCUUCGAUUAGCAAGUGUUGCUCCGGGAAUCUUCAGAAAAGUUAUAACUGAUAUUCAUAUUAAUGGUUAUACCAUACCAAAAGGAUGGAUUCUUUUGAUUAUACCUGCGGCCCUUCAACUUAACCCUAAUAUAUAUGAAGAUCCUCUUACCUUCAACCCUUCAAGAUGGAAGAACAUGGGAGGCAUUUCAAUAGCGAAGAACUUCGUACCAUUUGGAGGAGGGAAUAGGACAUGUGCAGGAGCAGAGUUCAGCAAGGUUCUGAUGGCAGUCCUUUUACAUGUCUGGGUUACCAAAUACAGGUUGACAAGGAUCAGAGGAGGAGACGUAGCCCGCACACCGGUUUUGGAAUUUACAAAUGGUUUCUUCGUUAAAGUUUCAGAAAAGCAGCCAUGACUUGUUAAAUAAUGCAUCAGAUAUCAAAGAAUAAAAGUGGACGUAUAAUCGUACUCUUAAAUGAAACUUGUUUGGCUGCUAUAUAAGUAUUUGUGUUCCAUAUGUACACUGUAGUCAACAAUUUGGUGGAAGUUUAAUUUUCUUAAUAAGCAAUACUUUCCUUCGUUAAGCUAUCAACUGAUGCUGCUGUAUGAUUUAUAUAUGACAACUUUCAUAUGGUAUAAUUAA